ACUUUGACAGGCACGGAAGAGGAUGCAUGCAAGUUAAAAGACAACAUAAGACAUCCUCCACAAUUCUGUGUUUAGAUAUGAAAGUGCGCGAGCGUCGAUAGCGUUCUGCAGUCGAGCAGUCUGUUCUUCGAUAUGCGGUGCUGUUGUCAGCGAUCAGUCGCAGUUCGGCCGCAACUUGUACGCAGCAGCUGUGUUUUUUAAGUGGCAGACAUGGACCAUAAGGAUGUGUUUGCAGCAUUGCAGACAGUAUGUUCAGAUGUUAUCUCAGCUCUUUAUGGAUCCCUCAGUUCUUCACAUGGCGACAACACUAAUCGUCUGUUGGGGGUGAUGAGGCUGAUUCAGGAACAUGGCCGUGCUGUGGAACCCUUGGUCACUGGCUUUACUGCCGUCUUUCACCAUUUUGAUUUUGAUGCUCAAACCCCUGGCAAUGGAUAUCGGACCUUAGUCAAAGUGGUACAUUCCUGCGUCAACUACAUCAUCCAAAAGGCUCUUUACAUCGUCUCAAACUACAGUGGAGCGUUUUUCCGAAUGGAGCAUAAUGUGGCAGAAAUGGAAGCGUAUUGUAGUGCCCUGUGCCAGCUACGGGCGUUGCUUUACCUGGCACAGGUAUUACUAAAUGACAAUGCCCGUGGUCAGCUCUAUUCACAUGAGGAUGGAGGUUUGAGUGAGAGGUUUGUGCAAGAGUACAUCUCGAUGCACAAGGCUUGCUUCUAUGGCCGCUGCUUGGGCUUCCAGUUUUCCCCAUCUCUCAGGCCUUUCCUACAGACGGUGGUCAUCAGCAUGGUAUCCUUUGGGGAAAACUACAAGAAACAGCAGACUGGGUUAGGCAUAGCAGCUCUCUCUUUCUUCACAUCUGGCAAAUAUGUGAUGAACCCUGAGCUGAGGGGGGCAGAGUUUGAGCGCAUUACUCAAAAUUUAGAUAUGCAGUUUUGGAAAACCUUUUGGAACAUUACAGAGACAGAGCUAUUAUCAGGUUUGUCAAGGAUUGCUUCCAGUGUGGUGCAAGUGAAUCUGACGUUAACAGUGCCAGCUGAAACUUUCAGUUUGCCACUCGCCUCUGACUCUAGUCUCUCAGUCUCUGUUGCCCCGCCAGUUGCACACUGGGGCCCUGGGCCAGUCAAUGUGCGCCUGAUCUCACACACACUCCGCCAAGGACAGGACAGUGCAGAACUGUUGGCAUUUUCUCGGUCUGAAGGGCCUCAGCGUUCUUUACCAGUAAGUUUCAGUCGUCAGACAGCUUGUCUCUCUCCUUAUCUGCUCAUUCACUUCCAUGGAGGUGGAUUUGUCGCACAAACUUCAAAGUCACAUGAGAAUUAUUUGAAGAGCUGGUCAAAGGAUCUGGAUGUGCCUAUUCUCUCAGUGGAUUACUCACUGGCUCCAGAGGCCCCAUUCCCCCGAGCUCUAGAGGAGUGUUUCUACGCCUACUGUUGGGCCUUGAAGAAUUGCCACUUGCUGGGAUCGACUGCAGAGCGUGUUUGUUUAGCUGGGGACAGUGCAGGCGGUAACCUGUGUAUAACCGUCUCUAUGAGGGCAAUGUCUCAUGGCGUACGCAUUCCUGAUGGAAUCGUGGCAGCGUACCCGGCAACUCUACUGACAACAGACUCCUCACCAUCCAGGCUUCUCACUUUGAUCGACCCUUUGCUGCCUUUGAGUGUGCUGUAUAAGUGCAUUGAUGCCUAUGCAGUCCAACAGGCGGAAUGCACACGUUUAGCGGCUGUGUGCAUCUCCCUCUCUCUCCCGAACUGGCGUCUCCGGCUCCUCUUUAUCCCUCUCCCAGCUGAUUGUGGUGACUCAGUGCCAAGCGUCCAUCCUAAUGACCCGGUCCCCACCCUCCUCAUCACAUACCCCCAAUGCCCGAUUCAGGCCGGGGAACCAAAUGGCCUGACUUACUGCUCCUCUCCCUUCCUGGAGUGGAGGAGUUGCCCUUUCGGCCAUCCUUCCGCCAGCUGGUCUUCUCCAUCUCCUGGGAACAUGAGUAGGACGAGGGGAGGGAGAUGGAAAAAGAGCGGGAGAGCCCGAGAGAGAGAGAGGAGAGAGAGAGAGAGAGAGAGAGAGAGAGAGAGAGAAAAGAAAAAAAAAGCGAAAAAGAAAGAAAAAAACUCCGGUUCCCGACCACGCCACCAUUUGGUCCUCAGCCAGUUGCACAGCAGUCCUCAGCAACGUCGGGCGAUGGCACUGGAACCCUCUGCCGUCCCUUCUAGUAGCCUGCUGAUGAACCGGUCCAGUACCACAGGAUCGAUCGUCUCCUCGUCAGUGGCGCGGGCUUUCUGACGGCACGUCUUCCUCCAAACCCGGGUUUUGGCACCACUGUGGCAGACAGGUCUCUUGCUCAUCAUGAAGGAGGAAGCAGGAACUGGGUUUACAACCAAAAGACUUUUAAUUCAACACAACAUAAAACUGCUUUUCUGCAUAACAAAACCAUAACAUACACAGUACACACAGCUCCGUGUGCUCUCUCAUUCUGAUGACUUUUCAUUCCAACAGGUGUAAUGCACACAUUUAGCGGCUGUGUGCACCUCCCGAACUGGCGCCUCCAGCUCCUCUUUAUCCCUCUCCCGGCUGAUUGCGGUAACUCAGUGCCAGGCGUCCAUCCUAACGGCCCCGCCCUGCCCUCCUCCU